AUGAAUUCAGAAAAUAAGGAAACUUCCGAAUUAUUAGGACUCGGCAAGUUAAAAGAUAAAUUACUAAACUUAAAUCCACUUUACAAUCGAAAAAUAAGAUUUUAUACCAGCGAACGGUUGUCGUGGGACUUAGCCGAACUAUUAAAUAAAAGUAAUCCAAGUUCUAUCAAAGUUACGCCCCCGUCAAUAAUUUCUUCGUUAACAGAAAAAGAAAAAACAAACAGUGCUGAACUGAAUCUCACUCCUUUUUUUGAAAUAAAACCAAAUGAUAUAAAAGAAGAAUUUUUACCUAAGCCAUUUGUUCGAUUAACUUUCAGUAAUAAGCCCAAUUAUUACCCAGAAAAUCAAUUAAAAAUAGUUUUGAAUUUUUGCUUAACCAUUGAUAGCGAGCCCAAUUUAAGUUUAUUCCGUGAUUUUGAGGAAAUUAUUCAAGAAUAUUCACGAGUAAUUUUUCAACACUUUUCCGAAAAUGCUCUCUGCAUUGAUGGUCCACCGGGAACCGGAAAAAGUCAACUAAUUUGUAAUUUACUGGCUAAUUCUUUGGCUGAUCAAAAAAAAGUUUUAGUAAUUUGCGAAAAAGAAGUAGCCUUAAAAGUUAUCUAUGAUAAACUAACCUCCAUCGGCCUCAAUCUCUCAAUUAUAAAGAUAAAUGAAUUAGCCCAAACUCCCCAAGUUUAUCGGGAUAUAUUAAACCACAUCGAAAAUAACCAACCAGAAAGGACUAAUCGAAACUAUUACUUCGACAGUGCCAAACAAAUUGCUGAUUUAGAAGAAAAACAAGCGUCUAAUUUAAAGAAAAUUGCUAAUUAUUGUCAAGUUGAAAACGAAUUUCAAACUUAUCGGCAAAUUUCUUUACAAGAAGUUUAUCUAAAAUUUGACAGCAAGCAGCAAUUAUCGCCAACACUAAUUCAAUUAAAUAAAUCAGUCAAAAAUAAGGAACAAUUAGAAAAAUUAAAGUUCGAUUUAGGAAAUUAUAUUAAGCAAGAGGAGGAAGAAGAGAAAUUACUAAACAACCAACAAGAAAAUAUUAAUAUAGAUAUUGAUGAUUUAGAAAAAAAUAGUAAUUUGUUAAGUUAUGCCAAAAAGUAUGUUCGCAAUAAAGAAAAAUUAACUUUAUUAUACCAUUAUCGUUCGCGUUAUCCAGAACUAAUUGAGUUUUCUAACCAAGCUUUUUAUAAUGGCAUCUUGCAGAUUGUUUCGGCCAGCGAAUUAAGAAGAAAUGAUUAUUCGCUCAUUGAAUAUCAUUACCAAACUAAGGGGUGCUGGAUAAAUACCGAAAAUCAAGUAGAGGCUCGUUACAUUAUUGAAUUAUUAAAAACUCUUCCACCGAAUAAAGAAAUUGGAAUUAUUACUUUUAAUGUCAAACAACGAGAUUUAUUGAUAGAUUCAAUUACGGAAGGAAGCAACUAUAAAAAUCUAUUUAUUAAAAAUUUGGAAGAAGUGCAAGGAGAUGAAAGAGAUAUAAUUAUUUUCUCCACUGGUUAUGGUCCGAACAAAGAAGGCAAAAUUUUUCUUAAUUUUGGCCCAUUAAACAAUGAAGGAGGAGAAAAACGACUCAAUGUUGCCAUCAGUCGAGCCCGGGAAAAAAUGAUUAUUGUCACUAGUCUUUUACCGGACGAUUUAAAAAGAAUUACCGAGGAAGACGAAAACCGAAAGCCUGGACCCAAACUAUUCAAAAACGGGGAAUUAGCAGAAUUUGGUUCGUUAUUUGAGGAACAAGUCUAUAAUGAAUUAAUAAGUCAAAAUUAUACUCUUGCAAACAGGAUUGAAUGUGAUGGAGAAUAUUGGCAUGGCAAAACCGAAAAUAUUGAAAGAGAUAUUUAUCGGCAACAACUUUUAGAAGAUAAAGUGAACUUCAUGAUAAUCUUGGCUCUGGAAACUAGUUGCGAUGAAACCAGUGUCGCAAUUUUAGAAAAUAAAAAGGUUCUUAGUAAUAUUACCAUUUCUCAAAUAUUAGAACAACAAAAAUAUGGUGGAGUAAUGCCUAGUUUAGCCGCUAAACUACAUAUUAAAAAUAUUCAAAAGGUUCUCUCUAAUGCCUUAUCCAAAGCCAAAAUUUCUCCGGAAAAAAUUGAUUACAUUGCUUAUACGGAAAAACCCGGACUAAUUAUUUGUCUCCAAAUUGGCAAAAUAGUUGCAGAAACUCUCUCUUUAUACCUCAACAAACCACUUAUUACCUGCAACCAUUUAGAAGGGCAUAUUUAUGCCAGUUUCCAUUUCGAUUUUGUUCUUUUGGGUGAGACACUCGAUGAUGCAAUUGGUGAAUGUUUAGACAAAUCAGCUAUUUUAUUAGGUUAUGAUUAUCCGGGCGGACCUAUCAUCGAAAAACUGGCCUUAAAGGGAAAAAAUAUUUAUAAAUUACCUUUUCCAAAAAAUGAUGAAAGUCUAGAUUUCAGUUUUAGUGGUUUAAAAAGUGAAAUUAGUCGGUUAGUUAGCAAGGAAAGAGAAAACAUAAAUGCUAAUAAUUUGGCCUGUUCUUUGCAAGAUGAAAAUUAUUCAAACGAACUAAUAAAAAAAGAAAUUGAAAUGUUAACAAUCGGAAAAUAUGUUAACGCGAAACAUGAUUAUUUAGUAGAAGUGAUUGAUAAUUGUCCCAAAAUUAAAUUUAUUAAUUGUUGCGGUAAUUUUCUUACUGAUUUGGAUUUUCUUUCUAACCUUAAUUCAGAAAAAAUAACUAAUAUUCAUUUGAGAAACAAUAACAUUUCUGAACGAGAUUUAAGUUGUUUUAGUAGGCUUGUAAAUUUAACUACUCUUUUGAUUGGCAAUUCAGUCGAAAGUAAAAUUCAAAAAGGUAUCUUUAACCGUUUUACUGGUAGUUUAGAGUUUUUAAAAGAUUUAACUAUGUUAAAAAGAUUAGAUAUUAGAAAUACUGACAUUGAUAGUGGCUUAGAAUAUUUACCUAAUAGUGUCAAAGAAUUUCAUUGUUCAACCGACGAGAGAAAAGAAAGUAAGGUGAAAGAAAUUGAGACAGAGUUGGAACCUUUUCUCAUCAACUCAGUUAAAAGUAAUCUCCAAGCAGCCAACCAAAAAAUUAACGACCUGCAACAAGAAUUGGAUAAAGAAAAAGGUUGGUGGGAUGAAUGGCUUGCUGAUGAUGUACAAUUCAUAAAUACAACUCUUCGCAGUGGUGGAAAACAACAAGUAUAUUGCUUUUUGCCAGAAGGAGAUAUAUAUGAAUUAAUUGAUAAAAAGGGGACAGUUUGUCAAAAUAACUUUAAAAAUGAUAAGUUUAUAGCAGUAAUAAAGUUAUGA